CCCCCUGCCCCGAAUGCCCCCAGGCCCACCAGCUGCCCCCGCAGCCCAGACAGGCCGGGGGCGGCCGGACCUCAGUCCCGAGAGUCGGGACAUGAGCGCGGCACAGCAGCGAGCCCCAGGAGGCCUCCCCUCAGAGACUCCCCGCGCUGCCCCGCUCACCAUGGUGCCCAGGCCGGCCCGCCCGCCGCCGCUGCAGCCGCCCGGCCCGGCCCCGCUCCCAGCACAUAAACCUCUCCCGCUGCCCCGGCUCCCGCCCGGCGCACGCCUCGCCGCGGAGGUCACGCCAGGACCCCGGCAGCUCGAAGACCGGCCUGAGCUGCCCAAACAAAUGCCUGCGCGGACGGCGUCGCGGCGAGCGGCGCGCCUCGGCGGACACCCCCGCGCCCGCCGUUCCGCGCCCCGAGCGGGGAGGGAAAGACAGCAAGUGGGGAAACGCCUGCCGGAGCACAACCGACUCCCCGAUUUUUUGAAAGAGCCGCCUCAGGCGCUGCUCGGACAGCCGUGCCCGGGCAAGGCACUGGCGCGACCCCAGCCACGUGAUGCGGCAGGUCGCCCCAAGAUGAACUUCCCCGCUUAUACCCGCGGGGUGGCGGGAACGGUGUCCGCCGGGAAAGAAACGGGGACACGGCAGAGACUCCCAGGCGAGGCGGAUUCACAGUGACUCUGAAUCUUGCUCCACACGCAAACACCAAGGAAAACAUAAUUUAACAACAUCUCAACAACUGUCAGGGAGACUUACACGCUGACAUUCCGACUAGUUUUUUAAUUGUUCCUUUGACAUACGUGGCAGCUGAAAGAAAAACCCAGCAAAGCCCACUCAACAUGACAAUAAUGAAACAACAACGCGAACAGACUUCAAAGGAAAUCCUCUCAGAUAUCAGAGGUUGUAGCACCAGGACCAAGACAAGAUGGGCUUGACCUGUUCAUUUCAUUUUAGUCAACAAGUCUUGGGCUCCCCUGUUUAUUAAUGCUAAUUUGAUGGUGUUUGUCACAAGUUAAGGAUGGUGGAGAAGAGCGCUGUCAGCUUAAGAAAAUAACAAAUUCUAAAGGCAUUCUGUUUACGCUGUUAAUCCCGUGUUCCGGGCAGACAGAGAAAACUAAGGAAAAUUACUAAGUUCUUAGCAAAGUUACAACCAAAAAAUGUUAUUUAUUUUCUUAGUUUAGGAAUAGUGAGAGGUCAGAUGCAUUUGGAGAGCAACUGAUUUGAGACACAUUUAAUGCUUCUGAAUACAGAAGUCUCAAAAGUGUGAGGCUUUUAUUAUUAACUGAUUUUGUAUUAUAAAGUAUUUUAUAUUAUAAACUUUUAUGAAGUUACUAAUUCAUAACCUGUGCAUGGAACUCGUGGGCUUGAGAUUUCAUCACUGAUACUUUGGUGAUGAUUUCUGAAAAAUAAUCAGAAUUUGUAAAAAGCAGAGCUUUUUCAUAACUGAAACAAGAACUAUGUGUUGCUUGGCUUGAACUCUAACAAGCAUGAGUUGAGAACACUAGUAUUUUGAUUCUAGUGCUGCUUAAAGGGCGCUUAACAAAAAAGUCGUUCAAUAUUCACACAAAAACAAGGCCAGAGCUGUAAUCACCAGAUGAAAAUUGAAUUUUUGAAAUUAUUUAUAUGGGUUGAGUAGGACCUUUGCUGCGAGCAAGCUAAAGAAGAUUGGUCUGUGCAUUAUUAAGUAUAAACACUGUCUCACCUGUGCUAAUGUGUUCCCAGACCCUCUGGUCUCUCAUAUCAGGCAAGUUUUAAGGAAAUCAUUGGAGCAGACGUGUCCUUGCUGCCCAUGAUACCUGGAUACAAGGCUGGGUUAAACGGUGAACAUGUGCGCCUCAGUCUUCAGGAAACAGGCAAGGCUCCCCAAAAUGCGUACCCAUUUCUAAACUGUCAGAUGUGGCUUCUUCAGCCUUUCCAUUCUCCUUAUCCCACAUAGUUAAACUGUCUUUUCCUCCAGGUUACCAUUUCGUCCCACACAGCUAGUAUUCUUCAACCUCCAUAGGGAAAAAUCAAGACAAAUUAAACAGUAUUCUCUGAAAAUUAAACAAACAGUUUCAGAACAAAUAUGAGGCCUUGGUACUUAUUUUUAAAAUGUUCUUUAAGCUUCAAUGAUUGUUUGCUGCUACCUUUAUCUACAGUCAUGCUGGAUAAAGCUAUAGCUAAAUGGAAAGUUAAAUGUAUUAAUGAGGUGUUAAUCUCUACAUCUUAUUAUUUGCAGUCUCUCAGAGAAAGCAAAAGUAACUACAAAUAGCCCUAUGCCAGAAAGUGGUUUCUUGACCAACAACGUUGCUUCAGCAUGCAAUGAACUCGUUCACCCUAAAGUGGUCACAGUUGUUGACGACAAGAGGCUUUGUAUUUGAAUAUGUCACGUCUUUUGGUCCAUGUGAAAACAAGUUUGAAUGUUAAAUAUUUUCUUUUUGUGUAAAAUUACAUGGCAAUUAGCAUUGCCUUAAACUCUGCUUCAGGUCUAAGCAAGCGUAAGUUUUCCAGUUUUUGUUACUGUAUGUUGAAAUGACAUUAGGGGUUCAGAAAAAUUUUCUAUGUGUGAGAAGGAGUGGGACUGACAACACCGAUGAGCCCUGAGAACAUUCUUGUUACAACCUCCAUGUGCUCCUUCCUUAAGCUUGUUAUUAGAGCAGAUCACUGCCCCACCUCCUUUACAAAGAGCAUUUCCUCUGCUGUGAUUUGAGGUGAGCUGUUUCAUCGGGGGUUUAAGCGUGGUGACAGUAACGAGGCUGUGCCACGGGCCCCAUUCUGACGCCGUGGCUACACACAGGUAACAACUUUCAGCAAAGAGAGUGAGGCAAACAAUGUAAUCUUAACCAGAUUUAGCAAUAAAAUGUCUAAACAGAGUCCUCAGCUUUCAGAGUUCCUCGUGGUGUCACGGUUAAUGUGUUACCAAGGAUUGUUCGUUCUCAGUUUUGUAUCCAGCAGACGUUUAUAUUGUUGGAGCUGUAGAGGAAGCGGAACUGGGCUAUGGGACAAUUGUUUCUGCUCUCCAACACAACUACAGUUUGAAAUAACUUUGCACCCUCUCAUAUGGCAGUGAUCUUGCUCCAGACAAAGGCAGAGUCUCAGAGAGGAGGAAAACUUUUAUCAAGGACAUUCCUUUUUCCAAGUUAAGUGCUAAGGAGAUCUCAUGAUUACCUGUGAGACAGUACUGUGCUGUUGGGAAUUGGAGGGUUUCAGUGACUUCCAUCUGUCCUCAUAAUUUAAAGGGAUAAAAUAUUAUAUACGUGUUUUUGAAGAUGGUUUUUAUCUCGCAGCUUCCCACGUGGCACAAAGCCCAGUAAAUGUUCUUCUGGAAAAUGGUGCUGGAACGAGCAGUAAUGAGACGUUAGAGAUGUCUGCAAUGUAGUGUUACAGCAAGGCAAAUGAGCUGCUGAAACAAAAUGUGAAAGAGAAUAUUUAUUUUAUUAUAAGAUCAACACCAUCUACAGUCCCUAGAUGACAGGAUGAUAAACAGAAGGUAAGCUUAGAUCAACAAAGGCCAAGUCACCUAAUUUAAAAAAAAAUAUUAAAAAAUGCAGUUACUUAGCAACAUGUCAAAGCAAGUUUCGGGACAGAAUAAGAGUUCUAUUUCCGAUGGUAUGCCGGGUCAAAACACAAAAUAUGCUAGAAGUUUCCUGUGUUCUUCAGUCAAGCACAGAGAUGUAUUUUAGGAACCUGUUCAUGGGUUGGAUGAAUGUUAUUCCACAAAGGACGAACAAGAGCUGCUUGAAGAAAUUAAUAUCUAUGUCUUUUUUCCUACAUCUGCGGAAUUUCUGCUUGUUGUUUGAUCUGUGAGAAAAAAUAAAGAGUAUCUUUGCUUGCUCUGA